UUGUACAAUUAUUAACAUCGAGGCGCGUUCACGUACCGACCGUUAGAUCCGCCUUCACUUGUCGCCCAUCAAACUGUCACAACUUGAGUGAAGAGCUUAAAGAACACUUCCUCUGUUUUAUCCACCUAAACACGGAUAUAUCACCAUUAAAACCACAAGAUGUGGAGGUCAGCCGUGGGCCACAACGUGAGCACGAAGGUGGCUGAAGACGCGGACGACGAUUGGGAGACAGACCCAGACUUUGUGAAUGACGUAUCGGAGGAGGAGCAGAGGUGGGGUGCAAAGACCGUCGAGGGAUCAGGACGGCAAGAAACCUUCAAUAUUAAAGAGCUCAGAAAGAACGUUGCCUCGGAGCACGAGCAGGGGAAGCAGAAGGAAAACACUCCCAAAGCGUCGUACGGAUAUGGAGGGAAGUUUGGAGUCCAAAAAGACCGAAUGGACAAGGCGGCUUUGGGUAAUGACUAUGUGGCAGAAGUCGAGCAGCACUCCUCCCAGAAAGAUGCAGCAAAAGGGUUCGGCGGGAAGUAUGGUGUUCAGAAAGACCGCGUAGACAAGUCUGCUUUGGGCUAUGAAUACAAAGGAGAAACAGAGAAGCACCAGUCACAGAAAGAUUACUCAAAGGGAUUUGGAGGGAAGUAUGGUGUUCAGAAAGACCGCGUCGACAAGUCUGCUGUGGGCUAUGAACACAAAGAAAAGUUGCAGCAACAUGAAUCUCAGACAGAUCAAUCAAAGGGAUUUGGAGGGAAGUUUGGUGUUCAGAAAGACCGCGUCGACAAGUCUGCUGUGGGCUACGGACACAAAGAAGAGUUGCAGCAACAUGGAUCUCAGACAGAUCAAUCAAAGGGAUUUGGAGGGAAGUUUGGUGUUCAGAAAGACCGCGUCGACAAGUCUGCUGUGGGCUUUGAACACAAAGAAGAGUUGCAGCAACAUGGAUCUCAGACAGAUCACUCAAAGGGAUUUGGAGGGAAGUUUGGUGUUCAGAAAGACCGUGUCGACAAGUCUGCUGUGGGCUACGGACACAGAGAAGAGUUGCAGCAACAUGGAUCUCAGACAGAUCAUUCAAAGGGAUUUGGAGGGAAGUAUGGUGUUCAGAAAGACCGCGUCGACAAGUCUGCUGUGGGAUUUGAACACAAAGAAGAGUUGCAGAAACAUGAACCUCAGAAAGCGAGUGCAGGUGCAGGUGCAGGAUCACUGAAGGCCCGUUUUGAGAACAUGGCCAAAGCUUCAGAUGAAGAGAACAAGAAGAGAGCAGAAGAGGAGAAAGCGAGGAGAGAAGCCAGAGAAGCCAGAGAGCGAGAGGCUGCCAUGCACAGACAAGAGGAAACACAAGAGGAAACACUCAUAGAAGAAGAAGAAGAAGAGGAGGAACCAGAAUACGACCAGCCCCCGGCGUUGCCUCCGCGCACAGACGAUUCCUUCGAACCGGAAGCUCCUCCGUGCACGGACGAUUUCCUCGAACCGGAAGCUCCUCCGUGCACAGACGAUUUCCUCGAACCGGAAGCUCCACCGUGCACAGACGAUUUCUCCGAAUCGGAAGCUCCACCGCUGCCCAGAAGGUCCGCAGAGGUGGAGGAGGAUGAAGGAGAGUACGAGGAACUUGAACCACCAGCACCGAUAGCUGAAGAUAACGACUAUGAAGACCUGUCAAGCGGCCUGCAGGCUGUAGCAAUUUACGACUAUCAAGGAGAGGGUGAUGACGAGAUCUCCUUCAACCCGGAUGACAUCAUCACCAACAUAGAGAUGAUUGACGAGGGCUGGUGGAAGGGGCAGUGUCACGGAUGCUUCGGUCUUUUCCCGGCCGCUUAUGUUCAGCUGAUGGAGUGAGCGACGUGCUGCUCAGGGAGGUUGCGCUUCACUUAAACUAUCAUGUUUCUUCGGUUGUUCAACAGGGGGAAUUCAUUUUAACACUGUAUUUAAAAAGUAAAUCACAGAAUAUUUGUGCCAAAAUGGCUUCUGAUCAGCCAAUUUCUAGUUUUAUUGUGUAAUAUCUCGGGUCUGUGGCAAAGGCCCAAUCCCAGUGUCCACACUCACAGACUUUAAGGCACGUUCCCGUAAAGUCUGUGAGGGUAUCUGAUGUUAUGACCAUGUUAAUGGUGAGGAGUUGCAUCUUUUAUCUGCAAUGAACUGAUUGGAUUGAAUAAAAUAUUCUACAGGAG